UUGAAAAAAGAGACAAAACUUUCCGUUUUCGCCGCCGUUUGACGGAAAUUUUGAGUCUUGGCGUAAAAUUGCCGAAAGCCAUUUUUCGUCGCGCAUUUUGUGAAAUUGUGGCGUGAUAGUAAAACGUGAAGGUGGCCACAGCGUGCAAAGAGACAAUGGAAGGAGAGACAAUUUUGCUGGAGAGAUCAACAUUUAGUGGACUACGUGGUGGUGGCGGUAGUGCGAGUAGUGAGACGACUCACGAAGGUAGUGGCGUGAAGCGGAAACAUCCGCACGAUGAGGGCUUUUCGGAGAUGCCACCAACAUUCUUCAUUACCCUGGCCAAAGAGAGCCCCCGCGGUGGGAUUUGCGAGUCAGAUGACGACGCCACAUUCGACAGCUUCCACGAACGCGAGACAGAUGUUUGCCGGGAUACCAGUGAUACGGAUUCGGAUGGAACAAUUGCCGUGCUGGAGUACGAAGUGGCCACGGAUUGCAGUAGUUCCGGGAACAAUCUCUAUUCGGAUGAAUCCUCCAGUGGAACAGAGCACGAAGUUGUUAUUGCUGCUGUAACCACGUGGAUGACGACGGAUGUGGAUGACAGCUCAUCCGGGAGUGAUUUUGCAAUCUUUGCCGACACCGAGGCAUCCGAAGGGUCCGCCACAGAUCCCGAACUCCGACGUGCUGACUACUGGGAGUGCGUCAAGUGCAAGAAUAAGCAGAAUAAUCCCCUCUAUCGCUACUGCGAAAGGUGCUACCAGAUCCGGAAGAACCAUUUCCCACCGCGUCCUAAGCGCCGGAAGAAGCGCUCAAAGAGGAAGAAGACCAAAGAACGACAUCCGGGGCUGCGUGAUCGUCGCUUCCGGAGUACAUCGGCGUCGGAGCAGGAAGCAAUGACGGUAGUCCGGAAGGAUGGUGGAAAACCCAAGUGCCAGAGCCAUGAGACUAAUGAGGUUGAUGGUAAAGGUAGGAAUAAGGAGCGAAGGUGUAAUUUGACGGAGAGCACAUGUGGUGGGGCCAAUAGUGCAGGAGAGACGCCGGGAAGUGGUGAGGAGGAGGAAGAGUUGGUCAUUGAGGGGCCAUCGAAGGGUCGAGGAGUCACAAGGUCUCGCGUUGGAAGUGCCUCAAGUGAGGAUGGUGGGCGGGAUGGGGGUACGAAUGUAGGGGUACAUAGUAAUUCUAGUCUUGGGAAUAGGAAGAGACGGCUGAGUAGAGUCUCGCAGGAUUUACUUGUGGAGGAAGACGAGGAGGAGGAGGAAGAUGAGGAAAAUGGUGCUUUAGCGUUUAAGAGAGCGAGAUUGGGUAGAAUUGAUAAUAAGUUCUUCAAGAAUGUCAUAGAACGUCUUGGGGGGCAAUCGGAUGAGUCGGGCGUGCAGUCUUGUGUAUCAAGUCAAGAAUUCUCGCCAACAUCAUCCCUUACAACUAUUCUGUCGUCACAGCAAGAUAGUCAGGAGACAUUUUGCGAUGAAUUGGAGCUUGAACGUGCCAAAGCCACGAUAAGUCAGCUGGGUGAGGCGUGGAAGAGCCCCAAGGAGGUGGAUGAACGUGAAAAUCUCGGGUUGUGCAUCAUGUGCCUGGAAGAACCGAAAAAUGGUGUUUUUGUACAUAGUCGCUUCCUCCACCUGUGCUGUUGCUACAAAUGUGCGGUUAAAGUGUGGAAUAAGCACAAGAGAUGCCCAAUUUGCAAUUCAAAAGUCAAGAACGUACUCAAGCUCUUCGUUCACUAAUAAUCUCUCUCUUUUAAGAGGAAGUAAUUGGGAAAUGUGUUUCGCGUAUGGAAGAAGCGAGUAAUGAAUGAGAGGUGUGUGGCCAAACGAAGAGUGUACAUAAGUGGGGGUAACAUAUGAAAUUAAAUUCACGUAUAUAAGUUAUAUAUUAUAUUUUUUCUAAAACAAAAAAAAAUCAGAAAAGAAUAGAGAGAAGGUGGAAGAACUUUACGGGCAAGAAAAGAAGAACGACGAAAAUGGAAUACAUAUACGUGUUUAGCGCUAAUUGAAUUUGCUUUUUAAUGUUUCUUUCUCUCGCUAACUCCUUCAUUUUUUUCCAUCUUCCUAACACGUUAAAUCAUAAAAUUUAUGAUUAUAACUAUACAAAAAUGCAAUUUUUUUCAUCUAAGAACAGAGUUUGUAAGGCUUUCAGCCGGGGUACAAUUUUUUUUUGUCUUUAAUAAUUUAUAUAUUAUUAGGACCUUGUGACACCGAAGAUUAAAUUUUUUUUUAAUAGUUAUUAUAUUUAGAUCUUUAUGCGUGAGGGUGGGGAUAAAGGAAAUUCAAACAAACAAAGCAUUUUAAGGAAUCUACAGAUUUUAUAUACGAAUGAAAUGAAAAAAUCUGUAUUUUAUCACAUGGAUUUACGAUUUAUAACGUUUUUUUGAACACCACAACACGUUGCGUAGCGUGAGAUGGAAAAAAUACAAUACCAUCAAAUACGCAGAAAAAAGACAAAUUCCAGGAAAAAAAAAAUAAAAAAUGAAAAUAAUAAAAUAUUUUCCUUUACAGCUAAAAA